UCUUUCAUGCAAAGAGCAGCGAACGGCACAACCCACCGCCGGCUGCUGAGGAACACACCACGUGACCACGACUAAUAGACAUGAACUCAUUGGAGCAGGCCGAAGACCUGAAAGCCUUUGAGAGAAGACUGACAGAAUAUGUCUCUUGUUUACAACCUGCAACAGGCAGGUGGAGAAUGAUUUUGAUCGUGGUGUCAGUCUGCACAGCCACCGGCGCUUGGAACUGGUUGAUCGACCCCGAUACACAGAAGGUGUCUUUCUUUUCAUCGCUGUGGAAUCAUCCCUUUUUCACCAUCAGCUGCAUCACGCUCAUCGCACUCUUCUUUGCCGGGAUACAUAAGCGAGUGGUGGCGCCGUCGAUUAUAGCUGCAAGGUGUCGGACAGUUUUAGCGGAAUACAACAUGUCCUGUGAUGAUACGGGAAAGCUUAUACUCAAACCACGGCCGAACAUCCAGUAAGUGUACGAUUGUGGGUGAUCCGAAGACAUCUGGGGGGGACAUUAACCUCUUAUGGUGAUGACGAUUUGUCAAGAAAGAGAAGAAUGGACACAGCCAUUUUGUAGCUGUGCUUAUGUUGAAGCUGCUCAAUUCCUCUUAACAGUACAUCUGUGUGUUUGUUGAUCAUGUAUUUUAUCAAAAUGUUUCUAUUUUUUAAAAGUGUUUACUCAAUAAAUAUACCAGCUAUGAAAAUGU